UUUUUAUUUUACAAUGAUUAUGGCACAACAUUGAAAAGAACUUGUUAAAUAUUGAGGAAAAUUCUUUUUCAAUAUGUUUGAUUACUACGGACUAUGACUUCGACCAGUGAAGGUUAUAAAAGUUGCGAAAAUAUUUCUAAAAAAGAGAAAAGUAUUUUUUGUGAUAUAAAAGAGCUUGAUUUAAGAAUAACAUUAAAAGGUGGGCAAAGUUUUAGAUGGAUAGAAUGCAACGAUGGAAAGAGUUUUCGUGGUGUCUUUUCUAGUACAGUUUGGACAUUGAUGCAAAAUGAUGAUAAAUUAAUUUAUACAAUACACGGAAGCUUAAAAGAGGAUGUAGGAUUCAGUAAAAUAUUAUCAGAUUAUUUCCGAUUGAAUUUAUCGUUGAAGGAAAAUCUGAGGACCUGGGCAAGUGUAGAUUCUCACUUUGAAAGUUAUAAUAAAUUAGGAGCUGUUAGAAUAUUGAAUCAAGAUGUCGUUGAAAAUCUUUUCUCAUUUAUUUGUAGUUCAAAUAAUAAUAUAAUCAGAAUAUCAGGAAUGGUUGAAAAAUUAUGUAAAAUAUUUGGCACAAGGAUAUGCGCCAUUGAAGAUCAAGAGUAUUAUGAUUUUCCAACGAUAGAAGCACUUAGUAAGCCUAAUGUUGAAUUUAAUCUUCGUAAGGAAGGUUUCGGAUAUCGAGCAGGCUACAUAUCUAAAAGUGCCCAGAAACUAUUGAGUUUGGGAGGAAAAAAAUGGCUUCUGCAAUUAAAGAAGGAGAAUGGUACAACUUACGAGUCUGCCAAAGAGAGUCUUAUGUCUCUUCCAGGCGUUGGACCCAAAGUAGCAGACUGCAUUUGUCUUAUGUCAUUAGGACAUUUAGAAGCUAUUCCUGUUGAUACUCAUAUAUUUCAAGUCGCUUGUACUAAUUAUAUACCACAUUUGAGUAAACAAAGUAACGUUACACCAAAAAUUAAUCAAGAAGUGAGUUCGUAUUUACGCAGAUUGUGGGGUCCGUUGGCUGGAUGGGCUCAAGCUAUUGUAUUUUGUAUGAAAAUUAAUUCGUCAAAUAGUCAAAACAGGAAACGAUCUAUUCAGCAGGGUAGAAAAAAGUCGACCAAAAUAACCAAAGUUAAAUAGCUAUUUUU